ACAUCUCGUCCUCACUUUUUCUCUCUUUCAUCUCUCUCUAUUUUUUUUUUUGGAAAAAAUUCUGGGCCAUCUCUUCUUUUUUUUUUUUUUUUUUUCAUAAAUAUUAUUUUAAAUGUUUUUUAUUUUUAUUUUUCUUUUUGUCCUCUUAUUUCUUUCUUAAAAAAAAAAGAAUCUUUCUGCCUAAGAUUAGAUUUUAGGUGUAUUAAAUGCCCAUAGCUGACGUGGCAUGCACCCAAUUUCCUUUAAAAAAUGAACACCAAAACGAUGCGUCUCCCUCCCCGUCGAGUUUUAACGGCGUCAAGCAAAAAGCGCGAGCUCGAAGUUGACGCCAUCCAGCUCUUGCCGUCAAAUACGAAGAAGCAGAAGCCGGCUCACUCCCAACUCGUCGGCGCGGCGGCUUCCUCCAGUCAUCUCCUUGCCGGUUACUUGGCCCACGAGUUUCUCACCAAAGGAACGCUCUUCGGUCAGCCGUGGGAAGCGGCGCGAGCCGAGACAGCUGUAGAUUUGGCACCGAAACCGGCGGAAGAGGAGAAGAAACUCCAAGCCGAGCCGAGAGAGGGAGCCGAGCCGCGACUUGAAAAGUUUCGAAGAUACGUGGCAUUAGCUGAUUUGAUAAGAGGUGAUGGGGCCCACCUACCUGGCAUCGUCAAUCCUACCCAGCUUGCACGCUUUCUACAGUUGUAAUGUAAUGGGAGUUGGUUGCCACACGUGUGCUAAGCCCUUUGGGGCCCCAUUUUCUCCCAAUUUGAAAAAUGUGACUGCUAAAGGAUUCAGGAUCGAUCGUUCUCAAGGGUCGUUCUUGUUCUAAUUCUCGCUCGAACCAGAGGUAAAGGCAAAAGAAAGCUGGACCAUCCUUGAGUUGGAGAGCUUAGGUGAUGAUGUGUACAUAUGCGGCUGCUCGACCGCCACGACCGAGGGUUUAUAAUGGAACUAGGGUUUAACCCUGUUUUGCUACUUAGAACAGCUUGUUGUAAAUAUUUUCUUGUAAUAGACUCUGAAAUUAUAUUUUUGAGAUCCUAAUGUGUAUGAUAAACGUUCUAAUGAAACGUUACAUCUUAACUGAAAUUUUUAAUUCCUAAA